AUGAUGAAAAGUUUCACGAGAUCAAGCAACUUGACAAGACAAAGCUGCGAAGUCAGACAGGACUCUGUGGUAUCUCAUCAAUUGGUAGAUAGUUUCCCAGUGGCCAUGGAUAAAUUACAAGAAUACGCACAUGCGUGCUUGGUUGAUUUGAGAAGAAUACAUUCUCUGGAAGAUGCCUACCAAUCAAUGACAGUUAGAGUGUCCGGUAUAAUGAUAGUGACAGCAUUAGUGCUAUGGAUCUCUAGUGGUACGACCAAAAAACCUCGUGGGAAGAAGUCUAGAAAGUCUAAGAAGGGAAAACAUGCUGCUAAGAAGAGCCAAAAAGAGAUUGAGAAGGAGAAGUUGAAGAACAUGUCUGAAGAAGAAACCAUCAAAUACGUUCUCGAUAAAUUUACCAACGAAUACGAAGAAGGCUUGCAUAAGUUGUUGGAAAAUUACGAUUCUACGUCUGAAACCAUGCAGUACCAACGUAAUUUCUACAAUGAAAUGCUUUUACACCUUCUAUUGGAUUUAGAUGGUGUUCAUCUCGGUAACUUGGAAGGUGAAAAGAAGGAACAGGUGCGUUUGCAAAGAAAGGCUGCUAUUAAAAAGAUCCAAUUAGAAUUGAAGAAGUUGGAUAAGCUGUAA